AUGGCCGCCACCGCGGCCGCCACCGCCACGCGGCCCGCGUCCACGCCGCUCCCGUUCCCGGCCGACGUCGCGCCGCGGCAAGCCGCCGCCUCGCCCGCUCGCCGCGGGACGAGGAGGCGCCCCCCCGUCGUCGCCGUCAGGUGCCAGUCGACCAGCGUCGACGACAAGCCCAAGCCGAAGCGGGGCUUGCUCGACAACGCCAGCAACCUGCUCACCAACCUGCUCAGCGGCGGGAGCCUCGGCGCGAUGCCCGUCGCCGAGGGCGCCGUCACCGACCUCUUCGGACGCCCGCUCUUCUUUUCGCUCUACGACUGGUUCAUCGAGCAUGGCUCUGUUUACAAACUCGCUUUUGGACCCAAAUCAUUUGUUGUUGUCUCUGAUCCAAUUGUUGCUAGACACAUUCUGCGAGAAAAUGCUUUCUGUUAUGAUAAGGGAGUUCUCGCUGAGAUUUUAAAACCAAUAAUGGGGAAGGGUCUUAUACCUGCUGACCUUGAUACCUGGAAGCAAAGGAGAAAAGUUAUAACUCCUGGGUUCCAUGCCUUAUUCAUAGAAGCUAUGGUGAGAGUAUUUACUAAGUGUUCGGAGAGAACAAUAUCUAAGCUUGAAGAUCUUAUUGAACUGGGGGAACAUGGCCAAAAUCAUACCAUAGUGGACCUUGAAGCAGAGUUUUCGAAUUUGGCUCUUGACAUAAUUGGCUUGGGUGUCUUCAACUUUGAUUUUGACUCAGUUACUAAAGAAUCUCCUGUAAUCAAGGCAGUAUAUGGAACACUUUUUGAAGCCGAGCAUAGAUCCACCUUUUACAUUCCCUAUUGGAAUAUUCCUAUAACUAGAUGGAUAGUUCCAAGGCAACGGAAGUUCCACAGUGACCUCAAGGUUAUUAAUGAUUGUCUUGAUGGUCUCAUAAAAAAUGCAAAAGAGACGAGACAGGAAGCUGAUGUCGAAAAACUCCAGCAACGAGAUUACUCAUCAUUGAAGGAUACCAGUUUGCUGAGGUUCCUUGUUGAUAUGCGGGGAGCUGAUGUUGAUGAUCGCCAGCUACGAGAUGAUCUUAUGACAAUGCUUAUUGCUGGGCAUGAGACAACUGCGGCAGUUUUGACAUGGUCUGUUUUCUUACUAGCCCAGAAUCCCACCAAGAUGAGAAAAGCACAGGCAGAAGUUGAUUCUGUACUCAACAAUGGGACAAUUACAUUGGACCAGCUCAAGAAAUUGGAGUACAUAAGAUUGAUAAUUGUUGAAGCUCUUCGCUUGUAUCCGCAGCCGCCAUUGUUAAUCAGGCGUGCUCUGCGCCCAGAUAAAUUGCCAGGUGGGUACAAUGGAGCAAAAGAGGGAUAUGACAUACCAGCUGGGACCGAUAUAUUUCUCUCGAUAUACAACCUUCAUAGAUCUCCAUACUUUUGGGAUCGGCCAAAUGAGUUUGAACCAGAGAGAUUUUCAGUUCCAAAGAUGGAUGAGAGCAUAGAAGGGUGGGCUGGUUUUGAUCCUGACAGGAGUCCUGGUGCUAUGUACCCUAACGAGAUUAUAGCAGACUUUGCUUUCCUUCCUUUUGGUGGAGGACCCCGCAAAUGCGUGGGAGACCAGUUUGCACUCCUGGAGUCGACAGUAGCCCUGGCCCUGCUAUUGCAAAAGUUUGAUGUAGAGCUGCGAGGGUCACCCAAUGAAGUAGAGAUGGUGACAGGAGCAACAAUUCACACGAAGAGCGGGUUAUGGUGCAGAGUGAGGAGAAGGACCUGAUCAACCACCACUUGGCACAAAAAGUUGUUGUUCUGCCGUGCCGCAGCGGGAUGCAUGCAGUGAAGGAAGCAAGAAGCACACAGGAAUAAAUGCAUCGAUGCAGACAACCAUGCACGGGUAAGUAAAGCCAGCUACCCCCAAGUUCUUUUUUCAUUCAUGAUGUGAUGGAGUAUAGAAGUAUAUUUGAUUAUUGUACCAUGCAUACGCAUCUGGGCGUGCCUGUUUGACUGCGAAAAAUCUUUGGGGUUGAACUGGGAAUUCCUCUUGAGUUGUUACUUCAUCCCAGGCCGAAACAGCACGUUCCUGCGACCUUUUUGUGGUCAGCAAAUUCGCUGUCGGCCGAGCUGUAUGAAUGGUACGGAUGAUCCAGUCCAUUUUAAUCAAAUCUGCACAGACAAUGAAAGCUAGUUAUUUUU